AUGGCAGAAUCGUCGAAACUCUGGUACGACAAAUCAGCUGACGAAUGGAACGAAGCUUUACCUGUCGGAAAUGGUAGAUUGGGUUGCAUGAUUCAUGGUCGUACUGGAACCGAAUUACUCUGCCUCAAUGAGGAUUCGGUAUGGUAUGGUGGACCACAAGACCGGGUCCCGCAGGAUGCUUUGAAGAACCUUGCAAACUUAAGAGAGUAUGUUAGGGAAGGCCAUCAUGCUCAAGCUGAGAAGCUGGUCAAUCGAGCUUUUGUGGUUCGCCUAGCGGUCAGAGACAUUUUGAGCNCUCUGGGAAAUGUCAAAGUCGAAUUUGGUCAUGAUGCUGCCAGAGUGACGGAGUACCGCAGAGAGCUUGAUCUGAACACUGCCAUCCACAAAACAGAGUAUAGUCAUGAUGGCGCCAAAGUCAAGACAGAGAUACUAGCGAGUGGGAUUGACCAAGUUGUUGCCAUGCGUGUUCAGAUGGACACUAAAACUGAGUUUGUGGUCAGACUGACAAGAGAAAGCGAGAUCGAAUUUGAAAGCCAUGAAUACCUAGACUCUUUGGAAACGACACAGAACCAAACUAUUAUGCUCGCAACGCCAGGAGGUCACCAAAGUGUUCGAGCUUGUUGCGUUCUCCGCAUCUCAACAGACGAGGAAGGCACCGUGGAAGCUGAAGGUGGUUCAUUGGUCGUCGUUGCCAAAGAAGCACUUGUCGUUAUUGCUGCAAGAACCAGCUUUCGUCAUCACGACUUCCAAAAUAUAGCAGUCGGUGACGUCGCUACCGCAAUUGAUCGUGGUGCUAGAAGUAUCUGGGACAACCAUAUCCAACACUACCAAUCCUUGUAUUGCCAGACGCAACUCACACUGGGUCCCACUUCACCUGAUGAUGCACUUCCCACGAAUGGAAGGGNNAUUGCAAAGGGCACAACGCCAGCCUUGGUAGCCCUGUAUACCAACUACUCGCGCUAUCUUCUUCUAUCAAGCAGUCGACCAAGUAAUGACAGCGAUCAAACAUUAGAUCUUCCAGCGAAUCUCCAAGGCAUCUGGAAUCCAUCCUUCCAUCCAGCUUGGGGAUCAAAGUUCACCCUCAACAUUAACUUACAGAUGAACUACUGGGGAUGCCUUCCUUUAUCUCUAGCUUCAUGCAUGGAGCCUUUGUUCUCUCUUCUUCGUCGGCUUGCCCUUCCGGAUAAUGGCGGCAGAGUUGCGAAAGAGAUGUAUGGUGCAAGAGGCUGGUGCUGUCACAACAAUACAGAUCUCUGGGCUGAUUGCUCCCCUUGUGAACGCUGGAUGCCUGCCAUGCUUUGGCCUCUAGGAGGUGCAUGGUUGUCUUCCUUUAUCUGGGAACAUUAUCUAUUCACCUCUGAUUUCUCAGCUCUGCGCAAAAACUUCCCCGUACUUGAAGGAGCAGUGGAGUUCUGCGUCGAUUGGCUCGUUCUCGAGACUUUCACGGAUGGCAAAGAGUAUAGAGUAACGAACCCAAGUUUAUCGCCAGAGAAUGCGUUCCUCGACGAAAACACUGGAGAGAAGGGAAUCUUCUGCAGGGGCAGUACAGCAGACCUGACAAUCAUUUCGUCGCUUUUUGAGGACUAUCUCAAUGCUUGCAAGACCUUGCAACUCAAACCACAUCUCUUACGUGAGGUGGGCAAUGCAAUGCUCGCUCUUCCUUCACCUUCCAUCUGCAAANAGACUGGCCGCUUGCAGGAAUGGGGCAUUGCUAAUCAUGCCGACGCCGAACCUGGUCACCGGCACGUCUCGCACUUGCUUGGAGUAUAUCCUUUUACUUGCAUAGAUAUGGAUGCUUCACCUAAGCUCUCCCGCGCAGCACUACGAUCUCUCGAGAUCAGAUUAGCCAAUGGAGGGGGACAUACUGGAUGGAGUCGUUCGCACUUACUAUGCAUAUUCAGUCGCCUGCGUAUGCCUGACAAGGUAGCAGAGUCUUUUGACGCUCUGCUCGAGAGUUCCACCCUACCGAAUCUCUUCUCUUCUCAUCCACCCUUCCAGAUCGAUGGCAACUUUGGCGCAGCAGCAGCAGUGGUUGAGUGCUUGGUGCAGAGCUUCGAGCUCACCGGACACGGCCAGAGAGUUUUGGGAAUUUUACCUUGCUGGCCUAAGGAAUGGGGUGAUGGUGAGGUGAAGGGUAUCUCGUGCAGAGGCGGAUGGAGUGUAAGCUUCAGAUGGCGAGAAGGUAUGGUGGAAGGAUGUGUUGAGGUCCAGAGUGUUAUCGGAGAACACAACAAUGACCAGAAUGGAGACUGGAACGGAGUCAAAGAGACCCACAAUUCCGAAGCCGAAGAGAGAAAAGGCGUUGUUGUGUUCCCUGACGGUCAACUCGUUGGAUUCAAAGGUCAUGGUCCGCACUUCUGUCGAGUAGAGUAA